AUGGCGACUCCCAUGUGGACCAGAGUCGUGCGGCAAGGUUGUUGUCGAUUUUGUCGUCUACAAAAUGUGAAACAAAGAGCAUUCAGUGUUAAAGGUGGGGAGACUACUAACAUUUCCAAAGUACCAUUGACAGAACGGUUGCCAGGGUUACCACAGCCAAAAUAUGCAACUUUAGACAACCAGAAACAGGUGACACAGGUCACAACACUUGAGAAUGGACUGCGAGUGGCAUCAGAAAACAAAUUUGGACAUUUUUGUACUGUAGGAGUGUUAGUUGACUCAGGAUCUAGAUAUGAAGUUGCAUAUCCAAGUGGAAUAUCCCAUUUUUUGGAGAAGUUAGCAUUUAAUUCAACUUCACAGUAUAGCCGAGAUGAAAUUUUCCAGAUUUUAGAAAAACAUGGUGGUAUCACAGAUUGCUUGUCAGCCAGAGAUACGUUGAUAUAUGCAAUGUCAGCCGAGUCUUCAGCGCUUCCUUUACUGUCCAAUAUUUUGGCAGAGGUCACUCUACGACCAAAGUUAACUGAACAAGAGAUUGAUGAUUCGAGGAACAUCGUGACAUACGAACUAGAGUCUAUUGAAAUGAACCCUGAUCCUGAAUCUAUACUUAUAGAAAUGUCACAUGCAGCUGCCUACCAGAAUAACACACUUGGCCUGCCCAAGCUUUGUCCAAACAAGAAUAUCCCUGUCAUGGACCGCAGUGCUCUUCUCUCAUACAUGCAUCACCACCACACACCUGACAGGAUGGUGGUUGCUGGCGUUGGUGUUGAUCACCAACAGUUUGUGGAAGCUGUCAAGGAAAGCUUCCUCAACAAAAAGCCAGUAUGGCAUGAUGAUCCUAAACUCAUCAAUCCGUCUGCUGCCCGAGAUAAAUCUAUUGCUCAAUACACAGGUGGCCAAGUAAAGGUAAGUAAGGACCUGUCAGCUGUCAGUCUGGGCCCUAAUCCCAUGCCUGAUCUGGCCCAUCUUGUCUUAGGCUUGGAGAGCUGUUCCCACAAGGAGGAUGACUUUGUACCAUUUUGUGUCCUUAACAUCCUGUUGGGAGGAGGCAGUUCAUUCUCGUCAGGGGGGCCAGGCAAGGGAAUGUACACUCGACUUUAUACACAUGUCCUUAACAGGUACCAUUGGAUAAACAGUGCAUCUGCUGUAAAUCAUGCAUAUGAAGACACUGGCCUCUUCUGCAUUCAUUGUAGCUCCCAUCCAGACAAGUUGGGUGAGCUGGCAGAGGUCAUCACUCAGGAACUCUGUGAAACUGCAGGCAACAUUCGUGUGGAGGAGCUUGAACGAGCGAAGACACAACUGCAAUCCAUGUUGAUGAUGAACCUUGAAAUGCGUCCUGUCAUGUUUGAAGAUGUUGGGCGCCAGGUACUUGCCAAUGGACACCGACGGCCUGUCGAGUACUAUUUUGAUGCAAUUGGGAAUAUCACAGGUGCUGAUGUACAGAGAGUGGCAAGUCGCAUGCUCAAGACAAAACUGAGUGUAGCAGCUUAUGGAAAUCUGUCAAAACUGCCAUCAUAUGAGGAUUUGCAGUCACACCUUGGAGGAAAAGGCAGCUUGUAUAGACAGUUCAACCCAUUUAGAAUGAGGCGGUGAUCAUGUGUCACUAUAGUCUGUGUUAGAGAUAUAUAUUGUAUUGUCGAGACCAAAGUGGACAGAACUGGAUAUGAUAUUAAAGCUAUUUCAGUGUGUCAUUUUAAAUGGCUGCUUUGGUAAAAACACAAAACAGGAGCAACAACAAACUUGUUGGUGUUGUGUGUAGUGUUUCUGUGAGAAGUAAUAUUGACUUACCUAAGCAUUACAAAACUUUCUCAGUGAUGAAGGGUGAUAUCAUGUGUAUGUGAUGUUUAUGCUGGUAUCAUAUUUGAGGGGUAUAUCGUGAUACUUAUGUUUGUCAGUCGUGUUCCAUUUUGUCGUGUCCUAUUCAAAGUCAGGUCAUGAGAACUCUUGAUUUAGUUCAGGUUUAUCAUGCAGUUUCAUAACAUCAAGUCCUACACCUUGUGAAGGUGAUCAUUACUUAAUUGUCAAAAGGUCAUGUUAUGCAUUGGAAUGGAGCAUUCAUGUCUUUCAGACAUAUUCUAGUUUGUCUACAUUUAUAUCCAGGGUGAAUGUAUUUACAAAAGUAAUUAACAGAAUUUAUAUAUCAGUAAAAAACAGGAAAUAGUUGCAGCUGUCUUUUGUCAUCUAUAGCAAACUCUCCCAGUUGAUGUAGUCUUGGAAGAUAAAGGAUGUUUUAUGUGUACAUAGAAAACUAUGAAGAAUGCUGUUUAUAUUGUAAAAUUGUUAUUCAAUCCAAGUCAUAGUUCUGAAGCUAUACUAAAAUUUUUGUAGUAGAAAGCGAGGACCAAGGAGAAUUUCGAAGUAAGUACAACACAAGAUCAGUUCAAUUUGUUUACAUUGUCAGUGCCCUCGGCCACUGAUGUAACAUGGAGCGUACUUUGUUUACAUUAUCAGUGCCCUCAUUCACUGAUGUAACAUGGAGCGUACUUUGUUUACAUUAUCAGUGCCCUCGUCCACUGAUGUAACAUGUAGCGUACUUUGUUUACAUUAUCAGUGCCCUCGUCCACUGAUGUAACAUGUAGCGUACUUUGUUUACAUUAUCAGUGCCCUCGUUCACUGAUGUAACAUGGAGCGUACUUUGUUUACAUUAUCAGUGCCCUCGUUCACUGAUGUAACAUGGAGCGUACUUUGUUAACAUUGUCAGUGCCCUCGUCCACUGAUGUAACAUGGAGUGUACUUUGUUUACAUUAUCAGUGCCCUCGUCCACUGAUGUAACAUGGAGUGUACUUUGUUUACAUUAUCAGUGCCCUCGUCCACUGAUGUAACAUGGAGUGUACUUUGUUUACAUUAUCAGUGCCCUCGUCCACUGAUGUAACAUGGAGCGUACUUUGUUUACAUUAUCAGUGCCCUCGUCCACUGAUGUAACAUGGAGUGUACUUGAACAGUAACUACAGUGAAUGACCAUAUCAACAACACUAUGCCAUCAACCAACUGAAUUAUUUACAUUUUGACAUCAUGUACAUUGAAUCAAUAAUUCAAGAAAUAUCAACUCUAUUUAUCUCAUUUCAUUAUGAGGAAGGAUGCUGAGUAUUUGUUUUCUAUGUUUUUAAGCUAGUAAAUUGUCUUGUUUUUUGAA